ACUUUCUUAUCCGCCGAUCUGUCAAAAAAUGUAAAUGUUCUAUUGUGAUUGAAGGUUUAAGGUUUCUGACAUACGGUAAUGCGAUCAAAGCAAGCUAUCCGAUUAAAUCGGAACAUUGGGCGGAUGUAGAAAGAAACCUUUAAGUGAUAUUAAAAAUAUACCAUUUAUUUUUUAAAUCCCAUUAUGGCUCUUCGUAAAGUAAAAGGAAAUUUCGAACGUAUGUUCGAUAAAAAUUUAACCGAUUUAGUACGUGGAAUUAGGAACAACAAAGAAAAUGAGGCAAAGUACAUUGCACAAUGCAUAGAAGAAAUUAAACAAGAAUUAAGACAAGACAAUGUUGCAGUCAAAGCAAAUGCUGUGGCAAAACUAACAUAUCUUCAAAUGUUGGGAUAUGAUAUCAGUUGGGCUGGUUUCAACAUAAUUGAGGUGAUGUCUUCUGCAAAAUUUACAUUUAAACGUAUUGGUUAUUUGGCGGCAAGUCAAAGUUUUCAUGCAGACACAGAACUUUUGAUGUUAACUACCAAUAUGAUUCGUAAGGACCUAAAUAGUCAAAACCAAUAUGAUGCUGGGUUGGCUCUAAGUGGUCUAUCUUGUUUCAUAAGUUCAGAUCUUGCCCGUGAUUUGGUUAAUGACAUAAUGACGCUAUUAACUUCUACAAAGCCGUAUUUACGAAAGAAAGCAGUACUAAUGAUGUACAAAGUUUUCUUGCGAUUUCCAGAGGCCUUGCGGCCUUCUUUUCCUAGAUUGAAAGAAAAAUUAGAAGAUCCAGAUAGUGGUGUACAAAGUGCUGCUGUGAAUGUAGUCUGUGAAUUAGCAAGGAAGAAUCCAAAAAAUUAUUUAAGUUUAGCACCUGUUUUUUUCAAGCUUAUGACAACAUCUACCAAUAACUGGAUGCUAAUAAAAAUCAUCAAAUUGUUUGGCGCAUUGACACCUCUAGAACCUAGGCUUGGCAAAAAAUUAAUAGAACCCCUUACAAAUUUAAUACACAGUACAUCAGCAAUGUCCCUGUUAUAUGAAUGUAUAAAUACAGUAAUCGCUGUAUUAAUUUCCAUAUCAUCGGGCAUGCCAAAUCAUUCUGAUUCGAUACAGCUCUGUGUUCAAAAGUUGAGAAUAUUAAUAGAAGAUUCUGAUCAAAAUUUAAAGUAUUUGGGAUUAUUAGCAAUGUCGAAAAUUUUAAAGACUCAUCCUAAAAGCGUGCAAGCUCAUAAAGAUCUUAUAAUGCAAUGCUUGGAUGAUAAAGAUGAAAGUAUAAGAUUGCGUGCCUUGGAUUUAUUAUAUGGAAUGGUUUCGAAGAAAAAUUUAAUGGAAAUAGUUAAAAAAUUAAUGGUACAUAUGGAUAAAGCUGAAGGCACAGCUUAUCGUGAUGAACUACUUUCAAAAAUUAUUCAGAUUUGUUCCCAAAAUAAUUAUCAGUUCGUUACUUUCUUUGAAUGGUACAUAUAUGUAUUGGUUGAACUUACCCGAAUGGAAGGUACUAAACACGGACCAUUAGUAGCAACUCAAUUACUUGAUGUAGCAAUUCGUGUACAAGCGAUACGAAAAUAUGCAGUUCAACAAUGUGCCUUAUUGCUAGAGAAUUCUUACCUUUUAACAGGACAACCAAGAGCAACAAUGUCUGAAGUUUUAUAUGCUGCUGCAUGGAUUUGUGGAGAGUUCUCUAGUGAAUUGGAAGAUCCUCUAACAACAUUACAAUCGAUGUUACGAUCGCAAGCUUCUAGCUUACCAGGACAUAUUCAAGCUGUUUAUGUUCAUAAUAUUUUGAAACUUGCUACAGCAACAUUAUGUAAAGCUGAAAAAGAUGAAGAUACCGAAACAAUGAAACAGAUUUUUGAACUGAAAGAUAAAAUAGCAGCUUUUGUGUGCAGUGGGGACUUGGAGGUACAAGAAAGAUCUAGUUCUGCAUUGGUUUUACUUGAAUAUUUAAAAGAAAAUCCUGGAUUGGCACAAGAGUUGAUGGAAUCUUUUGAAGGAGAGCUUAAUCCUGUUGCACCUAAAGCACAAAGGAAGGUGCCGAUUCCCGAAGGUCUGGAUUUAGAUUCAUGGAUUAAUGAUCCACCAUCUGAAAGUUCAGACUCAGAAGAUUUAGAUAUGAACGAUAUUUUUGUUAAGAAAUCGAAUGAUUCAUAUUCUAAACGACAUUUUAAUGAACCAUCACCAGAUGAACUUGAAAAACGCCGUGAAGCUAGAAAACUAGAACAACAAAAUAAUCCUCAUUACUUGAAAGGCACAUUUAAGAAUUCUACUUUAUACCAUAACUCAUCAAAUAUGUAUGAAGAGUUUGAUAACAUUCCUGUCGCCGAGUUGGAUAUUCCAGUGUCUUUGAAAAUUACUAACAGUCAUAAGAGGUAUACAGUACAAGGAAAGAAGAAAAAGAAAUCCAAGAAAAGUAAAAAAUCUGCUUCAGAAGAUGAACAGGAUGAAGAUUAUCCUAUUCAAGUGGUAAAAACUGGCAUAGGUGAACUUCCACCAGGUGCUGAGUUAAGUGAUAGCGAUGAAUAUGGUCAAGUGGAUGCAAAUGAUCCACACAGAGCUUUAAAUAUUGAUCUAGAUAUGCCUUUGAGGGAUGAUGAAAGGUUACCUGUUUUAGAACAUAGAGUUAUUGAAAAGAAUACGAUUCAAGAAAAUAUUGAAGUGAAAGGAAAGAAGAAAGAAAAAGGUUUUAAAAAAUCUAAGAAAAAAGUAAAAGAAGUUAAAGAGAAACGACAUGACAAUCAGUUGGAACUCACUGAUAUGUGGCUGGAAAAUAACAUUUCUUCAGAAAAUAUUCAAUCUGUUGUUACCAGUGAGUAUGCAGAGGUGCUUAGUGAGAAAGAAUCAGUCCAGAAGGAUGUUAAACGUAAGAAAUCAAAAAAUCCAGAGAAGUAUAAGAAAGCCGACAAUGACUCAAAACAUAGAAAAUCAAAGAAAUCUAAAAGUAAAAAGGAGAAAAAGUCUUCAAUGUAUGAAGAAUUAGUCAAAAAUAAAGUGCUUUCUAUAAUGUAUGACUUAAAACAAAUUCCUCACGAGACAAAUAAAUUAGUUGCAUCAAUACUCAUUACAAAUAAUUGUGAAAAUUUAGUAAAGGAAUUAGUGUUUGACGUUCCAGAUACAUCCUCACUAAGAUUAAUGAGAAAUCUUGGGGACGAAUGUGGUAUAAAACUGCCAUUCCAAUUGUCUCCACAAACUAGUAAAGAAACCGAAUUUACCAUUUUGAUUUCGGAUGUAACUUUUGCUCAGAGAUUAAGAGGCACUCUUACAUAUAUGAUAGAAAGCAAAGAAAGUACAUUGCAAGAAAAACUUGAUUUCACCAUGCAUCUGUUGUGUAGUAUGUUUAUGGUUGGUCAACUAUCGCAUAGAGAUAUACUGACCGAAUUGCUUAAAAGUGGUCAACUUAUAUAUAAAACCAAAAAAGAAGUUGGUUUGUCUCAAGAUUUUCAUGUAAUUUUAAAUUUAAUUUGCUGUAAAUGUAAUCUCACUCUUGUGGAACAAAUUAAUGAUACUGCAUCCCUGUAUGGACACUCUUUAAAAGGACAUCAUGUGUGCCUUUUAUUAAAAUAUAAUAAAUCAUCUGGUAAUUUGGUCAUUGAAGGCAAAGGUGACAAUAAUACAUUACUGUCAGGAAUUACGGAAGAAAUUUUAAGGAUUCUGACAUAAUGUUGAUAUGAAGUGAAGUGUCUGUAUUUUAAAACUCGUCAUGUUCAUUGUAUUACUCAACGGUAAGAUGAACAUUCGACAGCAUUCAUUACACAUACAAUAAUGGUAUAGAAAAUUUAUUUGCAAACUUAUUAAAUAUUUUCUGAGAACAAUGUUAUAUAAACACCCACAUCCAAUUUAUAUAAUACAGUUUGUUACAUAUGCAUACAAAAUAAACAUAUAUGUGUAUAUGUUAUAAAUAGACAUAUAUGUGAGUA